AUGCCCGUAGCAAUGUGGGAUUUUCAUCAUUGCGAUCCUAAACGGUGUUCCGGCGUCAAACUGGCACGUACGAACAUGUUGAAGACUCUAAAAUUAAGCCAGCGUUUCCGAGGCAUUGUGGCCAGUCCCGUGGGCGAAAAGGCAGUUUCACCAGCCGAUCGUCGUAUCGUCGAGCUUUAUGGAGCUGCAGUUGUCGAUUGUUCGUGGGCGCGUAUCGAUGAAGUGCCGUUUAGCAAAAUUCGUGGGCCCACCGAUCGUUUACUACCUUACCUUGUUGCUACGAAUCCAGUAAAUUACGGCAAACCUUGGAAACUCAACUGUGCCGAAGCAUUGGCAGCUAUUUUCUACAUUACCGGUUUCCCAGAACAUGGUGAAGCUCUAAUGGCCAAGUUUAAAUGGGGACAUGCCUUUGCCAAGGUCAACGGCGAGUUACUCGAGAGAUAUGCUCAGUGUACGGAUUCUACAGACGUUGUUCGAAUGCAAAACGAGUACCUGGAAGAAUUGGAACGUGAUGAACAGCAAAGAAGAGAAGAAAACGAGGAAGACGAUGAUCCGCUACUGUUUAGAAAUCCCAAUCGAGACUAUCCUCCCAGCGACGAUGACGAUGAAGAUGAUUCUGACGAAGAUGAUGAUUCUGAAGAUGACGAAAACGAAGACGAUGAUAGAUCGUCAGCAGAUGAAAUUACGGACAAGUUGGGCAAUACACGUAUCCGAUAA